AUGGAGAACGCGCUAUAUAGUGAUUAGGGUGGUCAUUUGGACGCAACCUGGGUUUCUAAAGCACUUUUUGGGGUUUUCUCUCUCUUCUUUCCUCCCUCCUGCAGUGAUGUCCUGUCCACGGGUUAUUGAGCUCCUGGACCUGUGGCCUGCUCUGAAAAUAGAGUCGGAGGUGUAUGCAGAGUUUCAGCGGAUUACAAAUCAGAACCUGCCCAACACUUUUUAUUCUGAACUUGACCAUCAUCUUCCUGGUCGACUUAUGACCCUAUGACCACUUAUGACCAGAUAGAAGGCAUCAAAAACUGGGGGAACUGCAUACGCUCUGGCAGAAAAAAAAAUCACGAUGAGCAGGACAUUCACACCAAGCGCACUACUGUUCUUCACGCCCUGCCUGUUUAUCUGCAUGAGGAUGUCUCUGGAGAUUUAAAACUUGCACAAUGCAGAAGGAGGAGUCUGAUGAGCCAGAGCUUGAUGGUGUCGUAGUGGGGCUUCUUACUGUCAUCAACGACCAUCACACAAGUCCAGUGCACUACGAGCCUGUAGAAAUCCCUGUUGUGAUUGAAAAUGAUGAAGUGGUCAGCCUCCCCAGAUUCUGUGAUGCCUUCCUGUCGAGAGGAAGAAAAUGAAGAAAAAAGGGACGUUCCCGGUGCCAAGUGAGACUCCUGAAUCUGAGCCUUCUCAACAAUCUACCAGCACCCAAGACAACCCCCCAGUGAGAAAACUAAAAAGAAAGAAACAGGAAGACAAAGAGGAAGACAAAAUAAUAGAGCCAAAGAAGGUGAAAACCCCUCUGAAAGAUGAUGGACCAACCAAAAACGCUGAGAGGAAGUCUUUCCCUAGAAAGAAGAAACAGAAGAAAAAACAUCUAAACCAUAAACCGAUUGAGUCUUCUGCACCUGAGCCUUCACAACCCUCUACCAGCACCCAAGACAAGACCCAAGUGACAACACUAAAGAGGAAAAGACAGGAAGACAAAGAGGAAGAAAUAACAGAGCCGAAGAAGAGGAAAACGACUCUAAAAGAUUCCAGUUCCAGUGACGCCGAACAAACUGCAACAUCCUCAGAGAAAACUGAGAUUACCGAUAAAGAUAAAUUUGAAGCCAAAUAUGUGGAAAAAUAUCAAUUUGCUGAAGGAGGUUAUGGUUCCAUUUAUGGUGGCUUUCGGAAAUCUGACAACCUACCAGUAGCCAUCAAGCACAUUUUGAAAUGCUUCAUCAGAAAUAAACAACUGGAUGAUGGCAGUGGAAAAAUGGUUCCUUCUGAAGUGGCCAUAAUGUUAAAAUUACGAGAUGAAUCCAUUCCUUCAGAUGGAAAAGCAGCGCCAGUAGCCCUGUUGGACUGGUAUGACAUCGGCAGAGAAAUCCUCCUGGUCAUGGAGAGACCAAUCCCUUGUGAGGACCUCUUUCAUUACAUUGAUACCAAAGGAGGCACACUGGAAGAAGAAGAAGCCAAGAUCAUAAUGACACAGCUCAUUCGCACAGCCAUCGACCUCGAGGACAGAAAUAUCUUCCACCAAGACAUCAAAACUGAAAACAUCCUCAUUCAAAGCCACUCAAAUACACCACAAGCUCGUCUUAUAGACUUUGGAGUGAGCUGCAUGGCAGAAAAGGAUUCCAUCCUUAGAGGAUUUUCAGGAACUCCUAUAAAUGCCCCCCCAGAAGCCUUUAAAGGCUUUUGUAGCCCAGGGUCAACCACAGUGUGGCAGCUUGGGGUAGUUUUGUAUGAAACCCUCCAUUCCCACGGCGAUUUCUCAACAAUGGAUUUUCUCGAAGGGGAUCUGAUGAUUGACAGUGAACUGUCAGAAGAGUGCCAAGACUUUUUCCAAGCAUGUUUGAAUACUUCUGAAGAACAGCGCCCCUACCUGCAAGAUCUCCUCCACCAUCCAUGGCUCAGAUAAAAGAAAAAGAAAUCACUCAGACUCAGACACACCUACAAACAUGCACACACACACACACACACACACACACACACACACACACACACACAGGGACAGAGAACUCAAAAGUCUGAAAUUUAAAACAGUUUAGAAAUUUCAGCAAAAAUCUUAAACCUAAAUUGACCUUAGAAUAAAUAUGUAAAGGAAAAUGAUAAAUACUAAAGUUUAGCUGCAAGUAGGGGCAGACGAUGGCAAUAUUAUAAAAUUAAAGUUUUUACUCUUAGUGCCACAUAGGCAGAUUUAAAAUUGGAAUUGGUUUAAAAAGUAGCAUUUCCCAUGAUUAUUAGGUCCCGUGUUUACCAACAUUUUUUUUUUUCGGUCUACUUUUGGUUGGAUGUUUGGAAAAACGGCACUACUAGUAGAAACGUAGUAUAGUAUAAUUGAAAAUCCAGAUGGGGUAAAGAUACUGGAAUUAGUUGAAACUGGACAAAAGCUCCUCACUCGCAUUAAAUGUCUUUUGGGUUCUCUGUCCACUGAUUGUGCUAAUGCUGAUUCUCACAGAAAGAUCUGCCUCGUUUUCCUUGUUGCAGUGACCGGGACUCGUCGUUGUUGCAGUGACCAGGACUCGUCGGUGUUGCAGUGACCAGGACUCGUCGGUGUUGCAGUGACCGGGACUCGUCGGUGUUGCAGUGACCAGGACUCGUCGGUGUUGCAGUGACCUUCGUGGAUGCCGUGUGCAGAUCUCCUCCAGAGAGAGUUGGCAGGACCGUCUGAGUCUCACAUUUUGGACUCCUUGGCGUGGUGGUGGUGGUGCUGGUGGGGGGGUUGUUACAGUGUGCUGCUAGCACACUUUUUCUGCAGCUCCUUUAACCCCCCUGCCUUUCCCGAGGGUUCUCCCUAAACUCACAUUGGCCUUCAAGGGAGUCCGACCUCAUCUUCAUAGAGAGCUUGGCAGGAGAGGAGCGUGCUCCACCCAAACCAGGUGGAUUUCAUUGGCAUGAAGGAAAACAUAAAAACUAGGAGGGGACGUGCAAAAACCAGACAAGGCUUUUUAAUUAAUCUAUAAAAACGUAUAAUUGGAAGCUCAAAAAACAAAAAUCGUUUUAAUUAGAAGCGUACUAUGUCUAACAAGGUUGCAUAGUGUUUAAAGAACCAAAAGAUGUUGGGAGGGGGUUGGAGACCACCUCCAGUUAUUGCAGAUCUGACUAUUUUCCCAAAACAAGCCAUAGAAACCACAGUGUUAGCAUUCCAAAUGAGCUUCUACAUGAGGGUGGUAGGGAAUCAGCUAAUUUUACAAAGUCUUUGUAUUUUUCCAGAACAGAUCUCAAAUAAUAAAAGAAUAUUGGACAUAACUGAGAUCAAAUGAGGAUUCAAAUCGCAAAUUCAAAUUCAAUUGCAAAGAAAAACGCAUUAGGAAGGGGCUACCAACACAAACUGAAUACAGGGGGGGGGAAAGAAACUUAGGGACAAGCAAUAUUUUCUGUAGUUAAAACAAAAACACAGAUCUGGUUCCGAUACACGUGUGUGGGUUUUAUCCGGGCCUUUUGGGCUUCUCCCACAUCUUAAAGACGUGUCUCAACGUUUUUAAUUAUUUCAUAGCAUACCGAAACCUAGCUUUUCUUGAUAAAUUGGGAUAUAAAAUUCUUGAGAAGAAUCGGUAAAAAUAGGACCAUCAAACGGCUUUCUACAUGACCUUUUGCAACUCUGACAAAGCAAAAACAAAAUUAGGAGCCUGCCCAAAACCGUACUAGGUCUUCUAAAGCAGAAACAGUGAAUUAAAAAGCACUUGCACGUCCCCUCACUGGUUUUUUUCAAAUUUGGCUUUACAAUUGAUGAAAUAAA